GUUUCUGGUGGCUGUAUGGGCGUUACAGACAUCAGGAAAUUUGUAUUCCUCUGUCUAUUUUCUUACUUUGUCUUAUCACCCGGGGGGGAAAAAUCACUCUACAAGCACCUCACGUGUGUCAUAGGAACUGAACAUGGUAGCCCAAUCAACAGCCCAAUGACAAGAAAGGCGACUACAAUGUUGCGUCCCAAGCGUGGGAAGCUGGUCGGUUCCAGCAGUGUCUGUCCCACAGACCCGUCCACUGCACCGGGCUUCAGUCUGCCGGCGAACUCCAAACCUGUCCAAGAGCCGCCCUCAAAAACCCGCCGCCUGACUCUGCCGCAGCACAGCCAGAGCCUCCUCCGGUUUCUGAACGAGGAUCGGACCCGCCAGACGUUCUGUGACGUGACAGUGUCCGUGGGCAGGAAGGUCUACAGCGCCCACAAGGUGGUGCUGGCUCACGGCAGCAGCUACUUCCACGCAGAACUGUCCAAGAGCUCCGCUCCAACAACACACGUGACUCUAGACCAUGUGGAGGAUUCAGUUUUCCAGCACCUUCUGGGCUUUUUGUACACUGCAGAGUGUCUCGUUGCAGAUACGGACCUCCCAGCUCUCGCUGAAGCAGCUCGAUUCCUGGAUAUGAUGGAUAUAUUAAAGCUGGUAUAUGAGGAAGAGGUUUGCGACCCUGCUGAUGUAAUCCAUGCCCAGGCUGAGCUGAGAGAGUCUUCCCAGGUGGAGGGAACCUCCACUGACGUGGCAGGGACUGAUCCGGACAUGCAAUGCCCAUCUGAGUAUAAACAAACACUGUUCAACCGUCAGUUUGGCUUUGAAAUAUCGCAGCAGGACAGCGUUGCUGAGAGCACUAAGGGACAUCAGGAGGCCUCCCCUGAAGAUGUGAAGAUGGCAGGUCAAACGGGGGCAAACACGCGGAGAUCAGCUCGUAGGAGGAGAACACCUACCAAAUAUAAAAGGGAUGAUGUACAGCACUCCGUCACGGCCCCUCUGGAGAAACAUAUAACCUCCAGGAACGAGGCUGAGGGAGCCGGAGACGAUGCUGCAGAAAACCAAACCCUCAAAGUGGACGUAAGUGAGAUCCCUAAACCAGAUCAGAAGGACGACAUCAUGGACGAGGAUGGGGAGGAUGACGAGCGAAUGGACACGAACACGGGCGGUGCUGCCCAACAGAGAGGUGGUGAGGCCGGCGGGGCGGAGAGGAGCGGAGGUGAGGGCAGUUCCUAUGGAGACGGGACGGAAGAGCAGUCUGGAGGAGUCCCAGCAGCCGGGAGGUCCAACCAGAGUGUGAUGGUGUUUCCUGAGGGCCUGGCCCCCAUCAUCAUCCAAGCCGCCAGCAAAAGGAUCCUCAAGUGUCCCAAAUGUGACAAGACGUUUGAUCGUGCAGGGAAAUAUGAGAGUCACACGAGAGUGCACACAGGAGAGAAGCCGUUCCAGUGUGACGUCUGCCUCCAGUGCUACUCCACCAAGUCCAACCUGACCGUGCACAAGAAGAAGCACAGCAGCGACGCUCCCUUCCAGAAGAAGGAGCACAAAUGUCCCUUCUGCAACAAGCUCCACGCGAGCAAGAAAACUCUGGCCAAGCACGUCCGGAGGUUUCAUCCGGAUCACACUCAGGAGUUUUUUACCAAGAGGAAGAGGAAGAGCGAAGGCUGGAAAUGUGCUAUUUGCUCAAAGAUGUUCAGCCGCAGGCCUCACCUGCAGGAGCACAUGAUCCUGCACACGCAGGACCGCCCGUUCAAGUGCUCCUUCUGCGACGAAUACUUCAGGUCCAGGUUCGCCAGGCUCAAGCAUCAAGAAAAGCAUCACUUAGGUCCGUUUCCAUGUGAGAUCUGCGGCCGUCAGUUUAAUGACACGGGAAACAAAAAGAGACACAUAGAGUGCACACAUGGAGGCAAAAGAAAAUGGACCUGCUUUGUUUGUGGAAAGUCAGUAAGAGAAAGGACGACGUUGAGGGAGCACCUGAGGAUCCACAGCGGAGAGAAGCCUCAUCUGUGCAGCAUUUGUGGUCAAAGUUUCCGUCACAGCAGCUCCUACAGGCUCCACCUGCGGGUUCACCAUGACGACAAGCGCUACGAGUGUGACGAGUGUGGGAAAACCUUCAUCCGCCACGACCACCUGACCAAACAUCAGAAAAUACACUCUGGGGAGAAAGCCCAUCAGUGCGAAGAGUGUGGGAAAUGCUUCCGGCGCCAUGACCAUCUAACCGUCCACUACAAAAGUGUUCACCUGGGAGAGAAGGUCUGGCAGAAGUAUAAGACUGCUGUUCAUCAGUGUGAGGUUUGUAAGAAAGAAUUUAAAGGAAAGUCCAGCUUAGAAAUGCACUUCAGGACUCACUCAGGUGAUAAGCCCUACCGAUGUCCAGAGUGCCAUCAAAUGUUUCGGAUUAAGAAGACCUUAACCAAGCACAUGGUGAUUCACUCAGAUGCUCGUCCUUUCAACUGCCCCCAUUGCAGCGCCACCUUUAAAAGAAAAGACAAGCUCAAGUACCACGUGGACCAUGUUCACAGCGCCCGUUUCAGUGAACGGCCCCUCGGCGAGAACAAAGUGGUCUCUGUUUCUUUUGAAGAAAACCCAAAGACAUACCAGGAUGAACACAAGUCAUCCCUGCGGAGCAGCUCCCCCCCCACCGGCGUCUGCAUACCCAUCACCAUAGUGACCGUCCCCGUGACGGGAGCGGCGUCGGGCGACCUGCACGCCCACCGGGCCUCGCCUCUCUCUUCCCAGACUCACGCCGUCGUCGGCAUGCAGGCUCCCGGGCAGCAGCAGGGCUCCGGCUACCAGGCGGCGGCGGACCUGGCCUUCUUGGAGAAGUACACCCUCACCCCGCAGCCCGCCAACAUCGUCCAUCCGGUGAGGCCCGAUCAGAUCCUGGACCCUCGGGAGCAGUCCUACCUGGGCACGCUGCUGGGGCUGGAUGCAGCUUCCUCGGAGCAGAACCUCUCCAACUCUGAUCACACUCACUGACUGCGUUUACAUGCAUCAAUAACCCUUUUAAAACCCGAAUAUUAACCCGAAUUUGCACGGCCAUGUAAACACCAAUAACCCCUUUGAAUAACCCGAAUUUGCUCAUAUUCGGGUUUUUAAAAACCCGAAUAUAUGACCCCUGGGUUACUCCUUUUUAAAACCCGAAUAUUUGGUCAUGUAAACGCCAAACGGAAUAUCCCCAUCAAACGGAACAUGAAUUUGUUUUCUGCGCAGUUCUGUUUGCAAGGAAUCCUGGGGCCGGAUUCACCAAUAUGUUCUUAAGAACUAUCUUAAGAAAUGUCUUAAGAUCUAAAAUUAAGAAGUUCAUAAGAAAGUUCUUAAGUGCAAUUCCUUAAUAUUUUCUUAAGAACCGUGUUAAGAACUGUCAUUUCUAACGAAUUUCUUAUUUUUCCUACUUAAGAACUUCUUAAAUUAUGGCUGUAUCUGAAAUGGCAUACUAAGUACUACAUGCUACAUACUGCAUCAGUAUGUACUGUAUACUGCAUACUAAAUGAAGGAUUCAGUACGCCGCUCCAGCAGACCGUUCACACAGCAGUAGCAGCCAAGUAUCCCAGAAUUAUAUUAUUAUUAUUAUUAUUAUUCAUUUCAUUAUACUAUGUCGAUGCACCGGAAGCGAGACUUCACUACACUGAUGCAUCGCUAAAUGUGUUGAAAAAGGUGAUAUUAGUCUUACCUUUUCACAGAAGACAUUUUAAGACAGGUCAAGGUUGUCUUAAAGUUAAGAAAAAAGUCAAGAACAAAUUUGAGAACUUUUAUUUCAAGAAUACCAUUUAUUCUUAAGUUUUUUCUUAAGAAGAAAGUUGAGAAAAUACUUAAGAACUUUUUUGGAGAAUAUGACUUCUUCUCCUUUUUCUUCUUAAGACUGAACUUAAGAAAAAAAUGACACUUAAGAAGAUUUUUUUUCUUAAGAAUGUUUUGUGAAUCCGGCCCCUGGUCUUUUGAGUCCAGGACGUACUUCUAAACACGGCGAAACGCAAGACCAGGCCACACUUUUGGAGUGAGGAGGAGACUAAUCACUUCAUAAAUGUAAUGAAGGAUAUGAACAUUUCUGCAUUUGUAGACGGUAGAAAGUACCGGGAUAGAAGAUUUACAAGAAGGUGUGCGAAAAGUUGCGCGAAGCAGGAUUUGAUUUGAAUUUGGAUACAGGAAGAAGAAGCAGAAAUGACGCUAAUUGCGUCAUCACAUUCUCUGCGCGUCGCUGGUUUGAUCCAGAUACCCCAAAUGAUUAAUUACCAUGUAAACAGGGAUAACCCUGUUUGCUCACGCAUGGAAACGGAAUAUUCCGAAUGUUUCAGUAACCGGAAUAUUAGCAAUAACCCGAAUUUUGACUGCAUGUAAACGUAGUCACUGAAACUCCCGCGGCAGGCAAAAGCCCUGAUGGCAAGAAAAACGGUCGUGCAGUUUUCCAUAUGAGGACAAACAUCUGUGCGUGCAAGAACUUUCUACAAGUGUGAUGAAAUGCAAUUAAGAAAAGAAUAAACAGUAAAAUGGUCAAAAUCUCUUGUUCUUUAGUUUGUUGGAAUUAAAAUACACCGUCACAAACGGUGAACAGUAUCUUCGACCCCCUUAGGUCUGUUGGCACCACUUACCAUCCAGGAAAGGUCUCUCCUAUUGGUACUUUUCCACUAGUACCUACUCAGCCCGACUCGCCUCGGUUUGGUUCUUCUCCACUAGAGGUCUAACGUGUUGAGUAGAUACUUUUCUGUAACUAUUCUGCCGAGGUUCAAAGUGGCUGAGUCGGCUGUAUCUGACAUUAUCACACUACAGACCACCGAUUGGUCGGGGGGUUGGAGUCAGACGUCUGAGUCAGGAUGUGACAUCAUUUCAAGAGCGACUCGCGGCUUCUUGUUCAUUUUUUUUGCUGAGGAAAAUAUCCAGAGAGAGCUAGAUGGGGCCACGAGGAAUGAAAAAAUAUACCAAUAUUAAUAUAAUUAAAGUAGAGUUAGUUGUAAUUAUAGUAUAGUUAGUUAUUAUAAAUACUUGUUAAUAAAUGAUUAGUGAGUGGGGGUAGGAUUAAAUAAGUUUACACUUCUUCCUA